AUGUUCAAAGCAUUUUCAAAAACCUUCAUCGGCAGCCACCACCAUCUUCUCAACUUCAAACCCUUCCCGAAAACCUCAUUCCACCACCAUACUGCUCUCCUAGCCAUGUCCACAGCUGCCGCCGUCAAGCGCGUGGGCACCCACAACGGGAGCUUCCACUGCGAUGAAGCCCUCGGCUGCUUCAUGAUUCGCCUCACCAAGAAGUUCUCAGACGCUCAGAUCGUCCGCACGCGUGACCCGCAGGUGCUGGAAGGCCUUGAUGCUGUGCUUGAUGUGGGUGGGGUUUACGAUCCCACAAGAGAUAGGUACGACCAUCAUCAGAAGGGUUUUGAAGAGGUUUUUGGGCAUGGGUUUAGUACUAAGCUCAGUAGUGCUGGUCUUGUUUAUAAGCAUUUUGGUAAGGAGAUCAUAGCGAAGGAGCUUCAAGUGGAUGAAGAGCAUCCAGAUGUGCACCGAUUGUUUCUUGUGAUUUAUAAGAGCUUCAUGGAGAAAAACUCGGCCAAAGCUUAUUCGUUCCCGAACUAUCAGUUUAUUGAGUUCCGUGACAUUUCUGGUGCAAUCUUGUCUAAAAUUUAG